UUAAAAUUUGGCGCUCUAAAAUCAUAAUUUCUAAAUUUUUAAAUUAAAUUUCCCGCAAUGGAAGACAGUUUUGAUGAGCAUUUCAUUGCCCAGGAGGAAGGCAUCGACGAAACCUUCGAAGAUGACGACGAGGAACACAUCACAGCGGAAAAAGUCUUGGAAAAUAUCUCUUUGGCAUGGCAGAACGAACGUCUCUCGCCGGAGCUCUUACCGCACUGCAGUGACAUGGUCGAAUUAAUGCUCGGUCAAAUCGCUCACAUGGAAGAAAACCUCCAAACGCUCGAUCCGAACGACUUUCGUUCAAUUAUGCACAAAAUGGAGCUCGAACGCAUCCGAUACACGCUCGCUAGCUACUUGCGAUGUCGCCUGAAGAAGAUCGAGGAGUUCACGGGACACAUUUUGGAAGAAGAAUCCACGCGGAGUGAUGUUGAGAAACGAUUAUCGUCCUCGGAACUUGUUUUCGCAAAGGGAUAUCACGAAAUUACCGAAAAUCACUUGUUUCAAGUCGCAACACGACACAUGCCGUCCAACAUGCAACAGAACGACAACAAAUUGCGCAUCGUGAAACCGAAUCUAAUGAGCCAUGUCGUGGUCAAAGUGAAUUCUGAAACUCCCGCAACUAUCGUUGGCACAAACGACGAAGAAAUCGAUCUCGCACCUGGCUCGUUGCACUUGUUGCCGUAUCAGCUAAUUUCGGAGUUGCUCAUUAAAGGAAGUGUCAGCAUGACAUGAUCCACGAAAAACACAAAAUUUCUUCUUAAGAACCUUGAACUUUGUCGGCAGGCGGCAUCAAAAGAGCCGCACGUUUGUUGUCAAAAAUAUUUCCACGCGCCAAACAACGCCAGACGUUGCCAUGACAACCAUCGAAAAACGCAGCAAAAACAAAUCCAAUGUUAGUUAUUUAAUUUUAGGAUUCCAUCGUGAAUAGAUGUUAAUUUUGAAUCAAGUUAGGUUUUAAUUUCCAUUUUAAAUGUUAAAAAACUCAAAUUCGUAGGAAAUAAGUCUUUGAAAUAAAGAAAAAUGUCAAUUAUUGAG